AUGAUCAAUUCUGAGCAGAGCCAUCUCGGUCCCGAGGGAUUGUUGAAAGGCAAUGAGAAGUAUCACUCCGAAGAGACGGCUCAAUUGCUCAGCCCCCCUCAGGAGUAUAUCCCCAAUCACACGAAAACAGAAUGUCAUGAGAUGCCCUACUCCAUCGAGACAUUAACAAUGACCCCACCGGAUACUGAGAGCGCAGAUGUCAUUGAGGCAGAUCUGUACGGAAACCCCCCCAAGCUACAAGUUCGGAUCCGUCUAACAGCUAGUAAAGGGAUCAACUUUAUUUUGACAGAGUACACCCUGUCGUGCCGAUGCUUCACCAAGGCCGCCUCAUCUGCCCAUUUACAGCAUAUGCGGGAAUCUCUCUACACCCGAGCGCGUUCCGGGAUCGAGACUUUAAAUCACGAUAUUGAAUCGAGCAGCGCCGCCUGUCUCCAGGCAGCACAAGCAUGGCUUCUUCUAACGCACUACGAAUUUCGGUAUAUGAGCUACCGCCGAGCAUGGCUUACCGCAGGACGCGCCUUUCGCAUUAUCCAACUGGCCAAAUUACACGAGAUUGAUCGGCUCACUGACGUUGGCAUAAACAUGGUGCAUCCCGCGGCAUGGGCCGAGGCCGAGGAAAAGCGACGGACCUACUGGCUCGCCUAUUGUCUAGACCGCUUCCUCAAUAUCUCUGACGAGUGGCCUCUCAGUCUACACGAGGAAGCACUCUGCGUAUAUCUCCCCGUCUCGGAAUCGGACUUUCAGCACAGCAGGUCGGUUAUUAUGGACUCCUUAUAUGACGAGAUCGAGACCUCCGGACGGAAAUUGUUACCGCCUUUCGCCGAGACAAUCGUCCUGAUCACACUAUGCUGGCACAGCGUUGCAUUCCACCGCGCCGUCCCCCGCGACAAAGAAUCUCCGACAGACGGGGAUACCUGGAAGCGCCAUACCCGGCUCUACCAAAGGGUACAAGAGCGGCUGAUGCUGGUCUCACUCCCCCCGUCCUCGCCCGAGCUCCACGAUCCCAUGCGGCUAUUCACAAACAUGCUCGCCAAUGCCGCGGUCAUUUGGUUCUACAACAUCAGGAAGACCCUGCAGGUGGAAAUUGAUCAGGAAAUGAUCCUGGUUUCUCUCUACUCCGCAUACGAGAUAGUAGGUUUGGCGAAGCCUCUCACCCGAUCCAGCUUUUUCAAGGUGAGACUACCCCCCCUUUUCCUCCCCGUGAAUCGGUGA